AAAAAUCAGAAAUCCAAUGGUGGAGUAGGGGGGAUUGAUUUGAAAGUGGGGUCCAGAGGAAUUAGAAUUGAUGUGCAAUGAUGCAGAUGGAAGGAUGAUGGAGGUUAGGAGCAUAAUGAGUUUCUUCUCAAAAGAAAUGAAAGGGGGUUAUUGGGUUAGUUGGCACUGAGAAAAAUGAGUGUGUAACAGCAAAGAGAGGUCUCUUAGAAUGGUUGGCAAAUGUGUCAGUAAUUUUUUUUUUAAAGUAUGUCAAAGAUGGGAAGCAGGCAAACUUGGCCUUGAAGAGAAGAACCUCUCCAAUUUUUUAAUUCCCAAAGGAAAACAGAGGGAAAGCAUUAUUGUAUUCGGAAAAUUGCAGACAAAGAAAGCUCAAAGUAGAGAGAGAGAGAAAUUACAAGAGAGUAAAGUGUGGAAGGAGAGAGAGAGAGAGGGAUUAGGUUCUGUAAUAAUUUUUCCAACCAGAGCAGUUGGCAGUGGUUAUUUCUGGUUCUUUUAAAAUCAUACAUGUCAUCUGUGAACUUGUGCAGGUUGGUGGAGGAGGACUCCAUAGUUUUGAAGGAUUAGAACUUCUGAGUUCAGAAAAUGGGAGGUCAUGACAGUGAGGAUGUAGGAUUUCAGCAUAGAAAUGAUGGGAGCCUAAACUGUCCAUCUUCCGGGAUGAAAACGAAUCCGCUGCCCGAAAAGGUUUCGAGAAUGGCGAUGAGUUCUGUGUCCAUGUUUAAGCCGUCAAAUGGGGCUGACCCUUUCUUUGGUUCUGGUUGGGAUCCAAUUGUUUCAUUGAGUCAGAGUGAUAAUUUUGGCAGUUCUACGGGUGUUUCCCACGGCGAAUUUCCCAAUCCACCUUACCCCUUUGCGAUGGAGAAUCAGGGAAUGAGUAGCACCUCCCACCUUGUUCAAUAUCCAUCUGAUUCAAGCUAUGCUGGGAUGGUGCCAAAGCUUCCUCCAUGUUUUGGAAGUGGGAGCUUCACAGAAAUGGUUGGUUCUUUUGGUGUCUCUGAGUGUGGCCAGAUUGCUAACCCUGGGUGUCCUCCGAACUAUAACCCGAACAGGGAGGGGGGCACUUCAACAAUCGGUGCCCAAUCGCACGAUGAUCACCAAAUUUCUGAAGAGAGUGCUUUAGGAUCUUCGCCGAAUGGAAAGAGAAGGAAACGAGUUCCCAAAUCCAACUCUGCAUUCAGUCCAAAUAAGAAUGUUGAUGGGGAAGUUAACAAGGAUAUGUCUGGGGAGAGCUCUGAUUAUCUGAAAGAACAAGAUGAGAAGAAAGCAAAAACUGAAGAAAACGCAGCUGCAAAUUUGCGCGGUAAGCAGAUGGGCAGACAGGCUAAAGAAAAUUCUCAAAGCGGAGAUCCGAAAGACAGUUACAUUCAUGUUAGAGCCCGAAGGGGCCAGGCUACAAAUAGUCAUAGCCUCGCAGAAAGGGUAAGAAGAGAAAAGAUUAGCGAGCGGAUGAGAUUGCUUCAAGAACUUGUUCCGGGAUGCAAUAAGAUUACUGGGAAGGCUGUAAUGCUUGAUGAGAUCAUCAAUUAUGUGCAGUCUCUGCAACAGCAAGUUGAGUUUUUAUCAAUGAAACUUGCGACGGUGAAUCCAGAACUCAACAUUGAUAUUGAACGGAUUCUAUCCAAAGACAUUCUUAAUUCACGGAGUGGCGGUGGAGCUAUCUUUGGGUUUAGUCCUGGAAUCGGCUCUCCUCACCCAUACCCUCCCGGUAUGUUCCAUGGAAACUUGCCAAGUUUGCUAACUUCAGCUCCACAAUUUCCUUCCUUGCCUCAGAAUGUAUUAGACAAUGAGCUCCAGGGUCUUUUCCAUAUGGGUUUUGAUUCUAGUUCAGCUAUUGACAAUAUGGGACAAAAUGCGGGCCGCUUGAAACCAGAGCUAUAAGAUUGAGAACAGAUUAUGGUCUACUCCCACCCGAAGGAUAAUUCAAAUUUUCAGUUAACUGUACUUGACACAGCUAGAGAAGAAGAAAAGCGGGAAAGAAAAGGAAAGAAAAGGUUAUUUCAGUUGUAUAGGCUCUCUCGUUCCUAAUUGUUUGUUCUUCGAAUUUUUAGCAGAAGAAGAUGACUUUUGUUAUAUUACAAAAGAUGUGUAUAAUGAGACAACAAGGCAAGAGGUUUGAUUGGUGAUGAAGCUUUGUUGGUUGGUGUUUGUAGAAAUAGGACUUUGCUUGAAGCUUUCUUAGGGUUUUAUUUUGGGGGGAAAAACUGUGAAACAAUUGUUUUUGUAGAUUGCUGCAUCAUGAAAGGAGUAACAGAUUUGUUCUGAUA